UCUAUGAAUCGGUUGGCGUUAGUACAGUUGUCGGUUUGUUAUAUUUCAUAUUUCCAAUAUUUUCAAAUUUCAGUAGGAUUGGAAUCUGCUGAAAAUUACAUAUUUAAUCAAAUUCCGAAAUGGCAAUGACUUCGUCUCAAGUGAAAGCACAAAAAACUGUGGGCGGUCUCACUGCUGGAUCAGGUUGGCCUCGGAGAGGAGGUCCUGUUGGUACAGCGACAGCCGUAGCUGCUGCGGCCCCAACAUUCGAAACUAAAUAUCCCAUUCCACAGGCUACGAUAUAUAGGACCAUCAAUUUGUAUCCCUUGACAAACUAUACUUUUGGAACCAAGGAAGCUUUAUUUGAAAAAGAUCCGAGUGUUCCUGCAAGAUUCCAAAGGAUGAGAGAUGAAUUUGAAAAGAUUGGGAUGAGACGAAGCGUAGAAGGUGUUCUGCUAGUUCACGAGCAUGGGUUACCCCACGUUCUAUUAUUACAAUUAGGGACAACAUUUUUCAAAUUACCUGGGGGUGAAUUGAACCCCGGUGAGGAUGAGGUUGAAGGUUUGAAACGAUUAUUGACAGAGACCUUGGGAAGACAAGAUGGAGUAAAGCAAGACUGGGUAGUCGAGGAUAUUAUUGGAAAUUGGUGGAGACCUAACUUCGAGCCUCCGCAAUAUCCUUACACUCCCCCUCAUAUCACUAAACCUAAGGAGCAUAAACGAUUAUUCCUUGUGCAACUCCAAGAGAAGGCCCUUCUAGCUGUUCCAAAAAAUUAUAAACUAGUUGCAGCUCCAUUAUUUGAGUUAUAUGAUAAUUCCCAAGGCUAUGGACCCAUCAUAUCGUCACUACCUCAAGCUUUAUGCAGGUUUCAAUUCAUUUACAUGUGAUUUGAGAGAAGGGAUAACGUGCGACAUCUGUAAACAACCAUUCCACUAUGGGAAUACUUCGUUUUUAAUGAUUGAUUUGCACUUUUCUGUAAAUAUGUAUUGCUGUUUGUAUGUAAAAUAGUACGCUUCGAACUAACUUCGAUAAAAUGUAGACUUAAGAAUAUCUCUGAGAACUAUUUGUGUGAAA